UGGACAUGGGAUGACCAAUAUGUAUGCUCAGCAUUCAUUUAAUUGUUAGUAUUUUGUUUACUUAAAGUAGCUGGAAUUUAUGUAAUACAUUUCCCCAACGAAUGCCCUGUAUAUAACUGUCUACACAGAGCAAAAGCAUAGCCGCGUUCUCAUCCUUCGAGCGAGCCAGAGCUGGGAGAGUCUAAAACCCCGUUUAUACCUAGUGCUAAUUUGCGUCCUUUGUCCUGUUCGUGCCCACAUUCUGAUUGUGCCCACAUUUUUAGACAGGUGUGACAAUCAAAAGACACAUUGUGAUCUGAUUGUCAUCAGAUCAUCCCGCUCACCCCCAGAGAUAGUCAGACAAGCAUUGUGUCUGGAUAUCUUACAUGUGUAAACCGAUCUGGGCAGAGAAACCAUAUAAAUAAUAUUAUUCCGCCCUCUAAAAUUUUUGACAGGUGGCACCAUUGACUGAUUACAUCAAUAUGUGUCUUACAAUAAAUAUAAUUCUAAAGAAAUAGCUGUGAAAUCAUUUGCAUAAAGGAAGGGACCAGGAAAUCUGGUCACAAUGCAGACACAGUGAACGGAUAACAGACUCAUUGUGUGUAGACACAUUUAUGGAAAUGUAGGCACAAUCAGAAUGUAGACAAGAUCAGGAUAAAGGACCCAUAUAAGCAUCAUGUAUAAACAGGGCUUGAGAGAGUGAGAGUAGAGAGAGUGAAUAAUCCACGGGCAUUUAUUUUUAGAAGCUCUCUCGGUCGCUACGCACUUCAUGUAGCCUACUACAACACAGCCCAUGUUCUUCUGGUCAAUAAUUGAAACGGGUUUGGUACAUUGGAUUGGAACACAACACCCGAGCGCACAGCGUAAAGACGCGCAGGCCUAUAACGUAGUGUGAUGUUUCAAGCUAUAUCCGGAAUUUGGAGAUGCCCACCUUUGCCAAUGAGGCAUCACCACUGCUCACGAGGAUCCCUUCCAGAGGAACCGUGUGUCCUGAUCCCAGGCUGCAUGGUCUCGGAAUACCAGGAAAAGUACCCUGCCUACUGCACCACUGUUGUCCGGGCAGCCAAGAAGCAGAAUAAUGAGUAUCAGCGUCUGGAGGGAAGGAUAUCCAACAUGACUACUUUCAAGUCAGACUACGUGGCCCAUGAAGUGACCCAGAGGCCCCCAAAGGUCACCAAGGUGUAUGUGCCACCUGACGGGAGAAUGAGACACAGCAGCACCUACGCCAGGGACUACCCAACACACCCUGUUCAGAAGCACAUCGUGACCAAGCCAGAAGAGUAUCAUCCGCCCACAGCAAAGAUGGUCGCUCAGUCCUUAUACAAAGGGGAAUUCCGAGCAUGGCACAACCAGAAAGUCCAACCCUACAGGACCUGUGACAACCUGAAGCUGAACGACAGCAAGUUCGAGGUGACCACCACCUUCCAAGACGACUACUGCCACAAGGGCCCAGCCGAGGCCAGGGAGAGCUUCAAACCGGCUGCCGACGCCCGGGAGACCCUGCCCUUUGACGGCGCCACCAACUACCAGACGCAGUAUGUCCCCCACCCGGUCCAGCCCAGGCAGCCCAAAGAGAGGGCCGUCUACAGGCCCACCAGCGCCCCCCUCAAUGGGGUCUCCACCCAGAGGCAGGAUUACCGGGGCCUGCCAGCUGAGCCCGCCAAGCCCUUUAGGGCCAAGGUGGCCUGGGAGAGCAGCCCGGCUGUAUUCCAGGGGACCAGUGAGUUCCGCGACCAGUACAAGGCCUGGCCCCUGCAGCCCAAGCACCGGCACCAGGCUGAGGAGUACUGCCCACCCGAGGGCACUAUGGUCGGUCUGUCCACAGCUCAUGCUGACUAUGUCGACCACGAGAGCCAGCAGCGGCCCCAGUCCGCCCGUCCCCCGGUCGAGGCCUGGACAAAGGAGGCCAGACAGCCCCUCCAGACCAGGUCCACCAUGAAGGAGGACUACCGGACCUGGGACGUGGUCCGUCGUCCCCCCAUGGUCUACGCAGAUGAGCUAGAGAAACCCAAGGGGGCUUUCGCCAACACCACCACCUUCCGCUCAGCAUACACGCCCAAGACGGCCCAGCGCGCCACCAGCUUUAAACCCACCCAGAAGCUGCUGAGCCCCCAGACCAUGGGUGAAGACUCCAUCUAUCGCUCCACCUACACACCCAAGGAGAUCCCACCUUGCCCAGCCCGGGAUGGCUGUCCUCCUGGCUUUGAGUACAGCUCCAUGGGGGCUGGAGGACACAGGCUGUACCGAACCAUCUCGGUACAGGAAACGGGGCUGAGUCAGCUGGCCGCUGCAACGUCCGAUAAGCCCUCUUACUCCCACAGCAGAAAGAGCUGCAGGGUCCCCAGCCGAGCCAAGAGGGCGCCAUAGAGUCCCGAUCACAAACCUGCACACAGAUAGCUAGAGGGGAUUCUUAUAUUUCUAUUCAAAUAUAUUAAUAGACAUUUUAGAUGAAUUCAUCACGAGCACCUCAGGUAUUUUGUAUGGUCACUCACAUUAAAAAAAGCAUAAUCCUGA